CUCCACCAGAGCAGAUUGUAAUAACAUCUGAAAACUUCAAAACUGUUGCACAUUGGCAGUACCCUCCUAUGUCUGAAACUCCUCAUUUUAUUGUGGAAAUCAAACCUUACAAUUCAGGUCACUAUAAGAACGUCUCAGGUUGUGUGGACAUUGCAGCUCGUGUUUGUGAUCUCACAAGGGAAAUAGGUGACGCUUUUGAGUCUCACUGGCUUCAAGUUAAAGCUGUUGUAGGGACACAACAGUCUGAGUAUGUUGAGACAAGUGAGUUUAUUUUGCAAAAGCAUGGAAAGAUAGGACCACCAAAACUGAAUCUGUCAAGGCACAAUGAUGAAAUCAUGGUUGAUAUUUACCAUCCUGCAUUCCCAUCCGAGAAGCUUCUUCCUUGGAUUGAAGAUGUUUAUCCAAGUCUCAUGUACUGGGUGACUUUAUGGGAUAGUAAAAAUCUGACUAAAGAAGAGUUCCCUGCAGACAGCUGUACGAAUUAUGCAUGCAGCCUUGAGAUCCCAAUUCCUGCUGAAGGUUCCACUUACUGUGUCUCAGCAAGAGCAAGCUUGUAUGACGAUCUGAUGAUUGGUGCCCCAUCAGAAGAAAGAUGCAUUCAUGUUCCUCGCAAGCAGACACUCAGCACACAAAGUAUCAUCGUUCUCUGUGUUGUUACUCCGACCCUGGGUCUGAUAUUGGCAGUAUAUUUUAUCUGCAGGAAGCUAAGGAAGAACAAAAUAAAGCUGCCUAAAUCUUUGGUCAGUGUGAUAAUAAACCUGAACACAGACAGCAUUCUAGAACCAAAAUCAGCACCAAAAUAUGUAUCUGUAAUAAGCUCCAUGCAGUCAGCACUGCCAGUGAAUGGUGAAGUAAACUUGCUGCAGGUAGAAGAAAAAGAAGAAACAGUUAGUCCUGAGAAUUCCAAUGAGGGAGCAUCCUCUGUUUCUCUCCCAGAGGCUUCAGCUGAAGCAGAAGAGGUAUCUGUGCAGGAAGAUGUGGAGAACAUACCUUUUGAUGAUGACCAGGAUCACAGAGUAAAACAGAGUUACUUUAUUCCUGACAGCAGCAAAACAGAUGCACAUGAUAGCUCUUCAGGUUCAGAGACUUCUACUGCAGAAAUACAACAAGCAGUCAUUCCAAGCAGCUGUCUGAAGUUUUCUGGCUAUGACAAGCCUCAUGUUCCAUUAAAUAUGCUAAUAGAUAUUGGUGAAGUACAGCCUGUGAUUGCUUACAGGCUGACUGACUGACCAGCAGAGCUGAAGUGUUCAACCAGGAUGCAGGAAGAACAGCAUUACUGAAGAUCAUGGAAACUCUGGGUUGUAUUGUCAGCAUUUCCAAGCUGUGCUUGUUCUGAUCCAACCCAAAGAACCAAUAUACAGCUGGCAUGGGGCUGAAAGUAGUGCCUGAGCACUGCAUAAAAAAUGGGAACACAUUUCAUUAAUACUGAACUUUUAGAAAUGGUAGUAUAUAUGACACAACUCACUGUUUCCUCCUUAAAAUGCCAUGCUGGCUUGUUUAACAGUACUCUGUGGAGAACAGACUUCGUGAAGGAGUGUAAAGCAGCAACUGAAUCAUGAUUAGCUUCUCCUUCAGAUCCAUUUCAGAACUAAUUCAAUGGACAUAAUGCUUGGGGAGUGCUUUACUUGUUUACAACAGAGAUAUGCCAGAAUGAUUUGAAAGUUUUGUCUUUAUUCCAGGUAUUCUUUUGCUUGUCUUUCUCUCUUUUGAAGAGUAUUCUGUAUUAAACAAAAUACUGUUUAAGUGAGAA